ACUCCUUUAAAAUCCCUAUAUAUACAUACAACCCAUCAAAACAAAUACCAAUUCAGUUCACUAUUAUCUCAUGAAAAUGAAAAAGAUAGCGCUAAUCGGACCAUGGGGAGGAUCGGAUGGAGAAAACUGGUCAUUCAAAGCUGAGGGAAAGAUCACAAAGAUAUUUAUCAACCAUGGAGAAGUUAUCGAUUCCAUCGGAUUCGUUAGCCUAGAUGAUGACGGUAAUCACCUCCAUUCACAAAGGUUUGGUGGUUAUGGUGGUGAUUAUACCGAGGUUCACAUCGACAAUGAUGUUGAGGAGUUGAAUGAGAUUAGCGGAACUGUUGGAUGGUUUGAUGGGAAGAUUGUUGUGACAUCGCUAUCUUUUGCAACUGAUGUAAACAAGUUUGGACCAUUUGGUAGGGAAAACGGGACUCAUUUCUCGCUACCAAUUUCAAAAGCUAGCUUUGCAGGCUUCUAUGGGCGUUCUAGCGACUACCUCCAUGCCAUCGGUGUCUAUCUCCGCCCCACAUAAUUGGUUUGAACCACCCAAGUCAACAAGCUUCAAAAUCUAGUAGCUAAUUAAAUAAGCAGCCUAUAGGUGCACUUUUGUUUCAUGUGUGAAAGCAUUGUUACUUUUGAAGCUUCUUAUCAACUAUUAAGUUAUUAAUCCAACAGAUAUUUUAUUAUGGA